GAGCGUUAGGACGCAUUGCCGUCAUUGAUUGUUGUUGGUAACGGCUGUGGAGGAGUCGGGUUUUGAACUACUUUGUAGCUGCGGCGGGAGCUACUCGCGGGAGGGUGGUUAAUUGUGCUGCUUGGCAGCAGUGUCAAAAGCUAGGGACACAGAGCAUUGCAACUUAAGCCUGCUGCAGUGGAGAUGGAGGGCUUUGAAUUUUCUGAAGAGGAUAUUCAAAAACAGCUAGCUUUGAUGGGUUAUACAAACAUUUCUAAAGAAAGAUUAUGUGAGUUUAAGAGAGAUUUGGAAGAACUAGUAAAGCAUGAUCGUUCAAAAAGCCAUACUUCUAGCGACGCAAGUACUGCACGGCAAGCAGACAGCAGUGGCUCUUCCCCUUCUAAUGGGAAUAGAGCAAGCCACAUGCAGCACCAGUUUCCUGAGUCCAGAGAUUGCUGUAUUCCUUUAGACCAUGGAAAACAGACAUCAUUCUCCAUUACUGGGAAAGAAAAUUGCCCUGUUAAUGUAUACAGCACUCUCAGUCAGGAGUAUGAUCCCUAUAGUGUGCAUACUGUGGCGCAGAAGAGGUCUCGACCCACGUCUGCACCUCCUUUGAUGAGGACACUGAACAUACUGCACAGCCCAGGUGCAGAGAGCAGCAGCAGUGCAUUAUUGUCUGAUGCAAGCAGAAACAGCAGCCCUGAGAGUACAGCAAAGGUGUUGAAGAAACCGGCAAUACAAAGAAAAAUAUUAAGGAAAAGGAAUGGAGAAUCUCAUGUGUAUGUUGAAUCUUCCUUCAGUGAGCCAGAAUCAGAUGCGGUUAGUGACUUGGGGGAGAGGUUAAGUAUACUUCAAGCUCAUGGCGCUGAAACAGAGUCAGACUUAGAAAGUGUCGAAACAUCUAGUUCCUGUUCCAGUAGAAGGCGUCCUUAUUCUGCACAUCCAUUUCUGACAAGAGAUCAAUUUGGUCGCAAGCAAGCAAAGAGCGAAGAUGAUGAUAAUGUUUCCUAUCGUCCCAAAUCAUUUAUAAGACCACUUAUGGAACAUCCUCAUACGAGAAAUUUGAAGAAGACUGAUCCUGUAGCAAAAUAUUUUCAAUAUAAACAAGAUUGGGAUUCAUUUAAAGCUCCAGGGGAAAAGAACAGAAAAGAACUGAGAUGGUGUAUAAGGGAGCAAAUGCUUUACCAGAGCCGACCUCCACCUAAACCUCAACGUAUUUAUAUACCUAAUAACUAUGUAGUACCCACAGAAAAGAAGAGAUCAGCAUUGAGAUGGGAAGUCCGACAUGACUUGGCAAAGGAAACAUUCCACAGACAUUUUUCUGUCCUUGGUGAUGGUGUCAUUCAUCUGCAGGCAGAUUGUUGAAAGCAUACUUAGUAGAAGAGUAACUGCCAUAAUCCAAAGAUGAGAUAAUUGCAAGUGGAGUUUUGUUAAAAGCAUGCCAAAUCACAUUUCAGAUUUCAAUGCAAUGUGCUGUGAUGAUUGGCCCAAUACAGAUGUUCUUCAAAAAUCUUUUUGUAUGUUGAUAUUGUGGAAAUGGCUUAGAACUGAAACAGGCAUAUUGCAAAAAUAUUUUUAUGGGAUUUUUUUUUCUUUUAAAUUAUUUAAUAACAGUUUACAGUGCCUUUGUUUUUACUUAAAUUCUACCCAUCAUGGUUGGUAAAUUGAAAAAUAUUUCUUGUUAAUUUUUAAUAAAUUCUCAUGUUUUAGUCCUUUAUAUUCUGAAAUUCACUGGAUUUGUAGUUGCAAAUAUUUUUAAAUUCUUGCUGACUGCAGCAAUAUUCAUGGGCAGUACUGAUUUGAAAAAAGUGGUAACAUAAACUCCUUGUGUAGGUCUUUGGUUUCAAGAAAAGUUUGUUGCAUAAAUUUAGAUUUGUCAUGUCUUGAUAAGGGCAAUGUAGUCUUCUGCUGUACCAUUAAAGAUCAUAGAAUGUA